ACAAGCAAAAAAUUGAGAUACAAGUGGGCUUCUGACCCCCGACCGCUAGUGGCGGCAGCAAACAUUCAGCCAUCGUCGAAUCACAUUGGUUUCCUUGCAGUGGAAGGAUAACAUCAGCUGGUUGAGGUUACGCACCGUUGACAUCGUUUGCCAACCGCCAACCAAUGGCGGUUCUAGAGGAGGCCAGUGCCUACCUAUGUGCUUUGCCCCUCCUAUGAAUAGAUGUAGUUGUGCCACCAAAGCUGCUAUGUGACUAGAAUAGUGAAGACAUAACUUUAUUCGGUCAACAAAAUAUUUUGGAUGAGCUUUUUGAUUCAGCAACAACAAAUGCUUACCCUAGCAUCAGUGUUCUGUGUGAAAGAACCAGACACGAAAUGAGGGUGUAUUUGGACGGCGACUGUGUGAAAGGGGAAGAGCAGAAAAGCCGGGACAGGUUGAAAGCCCUUUGUCCGUCUUUGUGUUUUACAAGUCCUAAUGGCGGGAAGCCGCAUCAAUAUGUAAAUGAAACCUACUCGCAAUUGUGUGAAAGGGGCAGCACAGUGGAACCUCUUUCGCUGAACACAAUACGUUGCAAGACGCUAUUCUCGCAGGCGUCACACAUGAGCACUGUUUUAGUGGUAAAGAUUUGUGUACCUUUGAGAGGCACAUUUCGGGCGGAAUUACAAACUGCACAACCUCAGAAUCAUGUUAAGGUAGCCAUGUCAUCAUGGUAACUACAGUAAUUCAUCAAAGAGAAAAACAAUGCACUCACCGAGUCUCCAUGCCAGUUUUCCAGAAGCCCGACUGAGCCUUUCUUGACUUUAGCCGGCAUCGUUGGUCAUCAUGGGCAAGGAGAAGGUCCACAUCAACAUCGUGGUGAUCGGCCAUGUGGACUCUGGCAAGUCCACCACCACGGGCCACCUCAUUUACAAGUGUGGCGGCAUCGACAAACGAACUAUCGAGAAGUUUGAGAAGGAGGCUGCCGAGAUGGGGAAGGGAUCGUUCAAGUACGCAUGGGUGUUGGACAAGUUGAAGGCCGAAAGGGAGCGUGGCAUCACCAUCGACAUCUCGCUGUGGAAGUUCGAGACAACCAAGUACUAUGUGACGAUCAUCGACGCUCCUGGCCACAGGGACUUCAUCAAGAACAUGAUCACAGGGACAUCGCAGGCUGAUUGCGCUGUGCUGAUCGUGGCUGCUGGUGUGGGGGAGUUUGAGGCUGGCAUCUCCAAGAACGGGCAGACCCGUGAACACGCCCUGCUGGCCUACACGCUGGGCGUGAAGCAGCUCAUCGUUGGUAUCAACAAGAUGGACUCCACCGAGCCCAACUACAGCCAGAAACGCUAUGAGGAAAUCGUCAAGGAAGUCAGCACCUACAUCAAGAAGAUAGGCUACAAUCCGGACACCGUGCCUUUUGUGCCCAUCUCCGGGUGGAAUGGCGAUAACAUGCUUGAUGCCAGCCCCAAUAUGCAAUGGUUUAAGGGGUGGAAGAUCAACAGAAAGGAUGGCAACGCAUCAGGGACCACGCUGCUGGAAGCCCUGGACGCCAUCCAGCCACCCACCCGUCCAACAGACAAACCUCUCCGUCUGCCCCUCCAGGAUGUUUACAAGAUUGGAGGUAUCGGCACUGUUCCGGUAGGCCGUGUGGAAACAGGCAUCCUAAAGCCUGGCAUGGUGGUGACCUUUGCCCCUGUCAACAUAACCACCGAGGUGAAGUCGGUGGAGAUGCACCAUGAGGCACUCUCUGAGGCCCUGCCGGGCGACAACGUUGGCUUCAAUGUCAAAAACGUGUCCGUCAAGGACAUCCGCCGCGGGAAUGUGGCCGGUGACAGCAAGACUGAUCCGCCGCAGGAGGCUGCCAGCUUCACUGCUCAGGUCAUCAUCCUUAACCACCCAGGUCAGAUCAGUGCUGGCUACGCCCCUGUGCUGGACUGUCACACGGCUCACAUUGCCUGCAAGUUCGCCGAGCUCAAGGAAAAGAUUGACCGCCGCUCUGGCAAGAAGCUGGAGGACAACCCAAAAUCCCUCAAGUCUGGAGACGCGGCCAUCGUUGAUAUGACUCCGGGCAAGCCCAUGUGUGUCGAGAGCUUCUCUGAGUAUCCCCCACUGGGUCGCUUCGCAGUGCGUGACAUGCGGCAGACGGUGGCCGUGGGAGUCAUCAAGGGUGUGGAGAAAAAGGCCUCUACCACUGGCAAAAUCACUAAGUCUGCCCAGAAGGCCCAGAGGAACAAAUGAAUGUUGUGCUACGCUGCCGACCCCAAGGUUUCCCAAGGCAGGACAUCAGUCAUCCAGCUCCAUCCCAAGAUUGGCUGCUUCAACUUACUAACCAAAAACAGGUUAAUCAUCACAAUGCAUCGCAAGACCAUCCGGAGAAAAGAAAAAUGUAGAUCUGCUGACUCCUAUCGUAGUUGGAUUACCAUGAUAUACAAUGUAAUAACACAUAGUUUUAAGUGUGCACUGUUCAUUUGAUUCAUGGCAAUACCAUUCUGUGAUCUCGUUAAAUUCGUGGUAUUCCAAUCUAUCACCAAGCUAUCUAUACUCUUGUGUACAGGUACUGUUUACAUGGUUGUCCUUCGUGUCUGUUUUACGUUACACUGUGCUACGUAUGAGCCCAGGACUAGGAGUUAAAACUACUGUGUGUUUUUCUGAGUAUUAAGUAGGUAGGACGUAAUGUUUUGUUGUGGUUAAGCUUUAACUGGCAUUUAAAACAAAUGACAUUGUGUGUCCUUCCCAAGGGAGCUCCAAGUAAGACUCCCAAUUCUUUAAGCACUUUCAUUGGCACUUUGCUAACUUUGCACAUGUCCUGGAGAUGUAUUCCAAAAUUGACUAAAGCUAUUGCACCUUACUGUGUAGGAUGGCACAAGCUGCUUUGAGACAUUAAACACAAUUACACUCA